CAUCUCUAAUUUCGAUAUUGACUGGAUUUAAAAACAAAAAAUUUAUAUUUCGAACAUAUACAAAUCCCGGCCGACUGGAGCGGCAGAAAAAGGACAGCGUACAGAUUCGAUUACCUGGCAGGCGUAGAUUUCCGCGCAGGCAGAAACAGUAAUAUGGCCGCCUCGAAAGCAACGCAUAUAAAUAUAGGACAGACGAAGGACUCGAGCCACAACAUGGACGCAUCGGAUUCGUGCUCGCUGUCGUCGGUGGACAGCGAGAGUGACCUGUCGCUGGCCUUCGAGCGUGAUCUGGGCGUUGAGGAGCCGAGCAAUUGCGACGAAUUGCCGGCCUUUGAGAUACGCGCCUUCUCGCCACAUGGACGCACGCCAUCGCCCAUCGAUGACCUGAACAUCUCGGACAUUGAGACUCCAAAGCAGCACCAGCCGGAGGAGCCACCCUGCCAAAACCAUGCUGACUUUGUGGCCCUGCAUGAAAUCAACGCACAAAUCAGUCCCCCCAGCGACGCCGACGACUCCGUGGCGGCCCUGAGUCGCAACAACAGCUUGGAGACCAUUUUCGAGGGCGUCUUUCUCAACACACCGCCACGCGAAAACCCCAACAGCCCCGGCUCCUCACGUUUCACGCCCAAGCGUGUGCGGGCCAAUCUAAUGGAGCUUGUGGCCAUCGGCAAUCGCAUACACACCACCGGCAAAGAGAAUCAGUCACCGGGAACAGCAGUCAGCACCAACAUGCCAUCGCCAGCGACGUCUCCGCGCAAAGCGGCGUUACCUAGCUACCGCUAGAUCCAACCAAAGCCCAAAGGAGCACUCCUUAGACUGCCAUCGACCAAGUUCUAGGCUAAGUAACAAAUACGAUGCCCAUAUCCAGGCAUUCUUCGCUUUGUUUACACACAGCUUGUGUAUCUGAAGAUAAUGAACUAAAUUUACAAUGUUUCCGGAGAACAGACCUGGAACAGGACCAGGAAUCUUACGUUUUGUAGUCUUUAAUAAAAGAUCGUCUUUCCAUGUUUCAAACAUUAAA